AUGGCGCAGAAACCCAUCAGUACCGCUGCUGCUGAGCGCAUGAACCUGGUGGCCCAGGACGCGAUCUGGAAAUGCCUCUUGAAGGCCGAGAAUGAAGCUCGUCGAUCCUGGACCCAGAAAUGGGGCUUCCUGGCCACCCCCCUGGAGGAGUUGCUGCAGGACACGGAGCCCACGUCCACCUCAAAGCCCAAGAUCGAGCUGCCCAAGCACUUCUGCCUUCAGCCCGAGAUCGCAAUGGAGAAAAUCAUCAAGAUCCUUCCAUCACCCCCUGUCCCCAAGACCACCCAGGGCUUCAUUGGCUGGAGGUCGGGUGUGCCAGGCCUGAAUGCGAGUCUGGAGUUGGACUCUGAGAUCCGGAGCUGCAAAGGGGCCUACGCCAAGCAGCUGGGCUGGCCCGAGCAGGGCAUCCACUGA